CCUGUAAUCCCAGCACUCAGGAGGUUGAAGCAAGAUUGCCACAGGUUGGAGACCAUCUUGGGCUAUAAGUGAGUUCAAGGUCAGCCUGACAUAGCAAGACCCUGCCUCAAAUAAAUAAAUAAAUAAAUAGAAAACCACUCCUCAGUUCUUCACAAAACCCCUUUAUGCCUGAUGGCCUUGGGUUCAAGUGUUUAAAAUUGUAAGAGGUGGGCUGGGGAUUUAGCUCAGUAGUGCUGCCAUCUGCUUUGCAAGCGCAAGGUCCUGAGUUCGAUCCCCAGUACCAAAAAAAAUUAAAUACAUAAAAUUCUAAGAGGGGAAGGCUCUGGGUCUCAGAGUCUGAGGGGGGCUGGCAGCAGGAGGCUCUGGCCUAUCAGAGAGUGCAGCUUAGACAUUCGGGGUGAGGUCCGAACCCCAGGACCCUGAUGGGCUGUGGCCAGUAGCCUUAUGGGGAGCAGCUCUUGCUUCUUUAGCUCACCUGUGGCCCUUGCCUCCUCCCCAGAGCUUGGGCACAGGUGUCCCCAUUUGUCCCCUAGUGCUGCUAGAUAGAGAAGAGGGAGGGGAGCCAGCAGGCAAUGAGGGCAAGGCAGCCUGGGGGCACCCAGGCCUGGGACCCAAGGGGUCUACUAUCUCCAUCCCACCUUCCCCCAUGCAGGGUCCACCUGAGGGUGGAGGAAGCCCUGGCAGGGCAAUUAGGAAAGUGACACGAUGCCCCAGCAGGGCUGGAUCCUGCCUAGGCCCAUGGCUGUAGCCACAGGGCCACAAGCCCCAGGGCCUCCCCACCCUUAGACUCUUGCUCUGGCAGACCCCCUUGAAUCAGAGCCCUGGGCACCCUCUCCCAGGCCCCAGUGUGACACCUGGCUUACCUUGAGGCACAGGCCCCGAUGGCUGGAAAGAAGAGGGCGUGUCAGCCUGCCCAGUAGCCCAGUCACCCGCUUGGCCCCCUACAGGGGCCUGCAGCAUGGCACCCGGAGACAGAAAGGCGGCCAGGCAGGAAACCCAAGCUGAGCCGACAUCAAUCUUUCAUGGGGCUGCUCUCUGGGAAACCUUAACCCUGGCCCAAUAGGGCCAAGUGACCAGUCAGGGCCCUCUAUGCUCACAGGGUCAGACAGCUGUGCCCCCUCACAUGGGGUCCCUCUGGCUCAGGGCAGGCUUUGUGCUCCCCAGGGUCCACCUCCUCUGACAUCACCUCCUGCCUCUCAGUCGGCAUUCUAUACUUCUGACUUGGCCUCCUCCCCAGUCUUGCAGGCCCGCUAGCCCAACCAGGAUGUUACCCCACAGGGACUGGCGCCGGGCUGCAAGAGGACCACACUCAUCCCCUGCCUGAUGUGUCUUCCUUGGUCCUCUCUGCUCAGCUGAGUUCUGUCACACAGCUGGGCUCAGCGUACAACUCUUCAGCGAUGUUCCCCCAUUUUAUUUUUGAGAAAACUGAGACUUGGAGAACUGACUGGAUCUCCCAGCUAAGGAGUGGCCAAGCUGGAGUCUGAAGCUCAUGGCAGUUACAAUAUCCUAGCACCCUUUGCUGCUGAGGACAGUUCUGGUGAUCCAUCUGGCUCUGCCCUGGCUAUCUCAGGGCAGAGGGCAAGGAUUAGGUCCUGGGCUGCCUGCCUCACUUACCCUAAUCCCUCUCAGGGCCCGAUGCCAGGCGGUCACCUCCAAGACUGGGCACAUAAGCAGCUUUGUGGCUCCCAGGAGCCAAAGGUGCUCAGGGGAGCAGCAGCCUCCAGCCUGGUUGUCUUUCCCACAUGGCCUCAGAGCACAGCCCAGGCCUAGGCCCCAGCUCCCAGAAGCCCCCUGCAGAGGUGGUGACUCCAGGUAGUGGUGCUGAGGGGCGCCCUUUUAGCAGGAGGAAGAGCAAGAGGGAAAAGUGGCUUCGAGGGUCCCGGAAGGGCAACUCUGGGGAGCAAACCCCUGUCCAGGACCCCGAGGCCGCAGGGAGCAGCAAACACCCUUCAAGGACCAAACAGAGCAAAGGGAAGCCAUCUCCAGUCCCACCUGGGCCAGCCUCUCUCCGCCAGUCCCACCGGCGUUGUUCUGACCCCCAGCAGGAUGCUACUCAAAGGGCCUAUGGGACCCUGCUCAACCGCAUGUUUGGGAAGGACCGUGAAUUGGGGCCUGAGGAGCUGGAGGAGCUGCAGGCUGCCUUUGAGGAGUUUGACACUGACCAGGACGGCUACAUCAGCUACCGGGAGCUGGGCACCUGCAUGCGGACGCUGGGCUACAUGCCCACCGAGAUGGAGCUCCUGGAGGUCUCGCAGCAUGUGAAGAUGCGUAUGGGUGGCUUUGUAGACUUCGAGGAGUUCGUGGAGCUGAUAGGCCCAAAGCUGAGGGAGGAGACAGCACACAUGCUGGGGGUACGGGAGCUGCACAUCGCCUUCCGAGAGUUUGACAGGGACCAGGAUGGACGAAUCACAGUGGCAGAGCUGCAGCAGGGAGCACCAGCUCUCCUGGGGGAACCACUGGAGGUCACUGAGCUGGACGAGAUGCUCCGAGACAUAGACCUCAAUGGGGAUGGCACCAUAGACUUUGACGAGUUUGUGAUGAUGUUGUCCACCCACUGACCAGCAGGGAGACCCUGUUGCUCCUGUGGCCUGAGAUACAAGCAGGACCCAGGCUGCACCCACUCCUUGAAGAGGUUCCAGGAUAGCAGAGACCUAGCAGCCUCCAGAAUACUUCUAUCUUGGGCAGCAUUUUGCUCAAAAGUCUGUGAGGUCACCCACCUAUCUUUAUCCUCAAAACCCACUGCUUGAGCAGCCUGGAGAAAAUUUGUGCUCAGCUGCCCACCAUUCCCAAUUGUAAGCAAGGUCUGCAUCUGUCUGCACCCUUGGGAGGUAGAGAUUUCCCUGGUGCUGGCAACAUUCAAAUAAGGGCAAUUUUGGGGGGAUCCAUAGUAACACAGUGAGUUGAGAGGGUGGCCAGACUCCUCCCACUACUUAUGCAUAUAACUUUUUUUUUUUUUUGGUACCGGGGAUUGAACUCAGGUCCUUGCGCUUGUGCAGCAGACGAAACCACUGAGCUAAAUCCCUGGCCUCAAGUUCACUUUUUAAAAGUUAUAUGCAGGGCUGGGGCUGGGGAUUUAGCUCAGUGGUGCUGCUGCCUGCCUCGUAAGUGCGAGGUCCUGAGUUCAAUCCGGGUACCAAAAAGAAAAACAAACGAAAGUGAAUUUGAAAGGGAAGAGCCUAGAUCCCAAAGACCAAAGCUAGGCUUGUAGGAAGGAGCUGACCCCACACAGUUUCAGAUCUGGAUAAAGGCUUGGGGACCUGGGCUGUAGCACCUAUGAGUAGCACAGACUUGUCUAUCUAGGUGGCAAGAAAUAAAUCUCUGGAUACAUUCCAGGGCCUCAAAAGGUCACCCUGUGUCUGGAGAGGGGAAUGAAAAAAUAUAUCCCCACCAACCAGACUGAGAAGGUGUGAGAGCAGAUAUUUACAGUCCUGAGUGGAAACAAAUCCCAGAGACAAAAAUAAAGUGGAAGAGAGGAAUGAAUGCUUUAGGCAUGUGGAAAUCCCUUUUUUGUUGUUGUUGUCCUAAAGAAAGGCUGAUUAACUUUAGACUUCACUGAUCAUCUAAAAGUAACCAUUAGGGCCAGGGACACAGCUCAGUGGUGAUGCGCCUGCCUGGCAAGCACAAGGUCCUGAGUUCAAUUCCUGAUACUGAAAAAUAAAUAAAUAAAAGUAACCAUUAAUUUAACAGAAGUAGAAUGUUCCCUUUAAUAAUCAAAGGAGGAGCCUGGAAUGAUGGCACAUGCCCAUAAUCCCAGCGUUUGAGAGGCUGAAACAGGAGGAUUAUAAAUUUGGACGCAGUGUAGGCAAUUUAGAGACUUAGUGAGAGUCUGGCUCAAAUUUUAAAACAAA